GUCCAGUGUUUUCUGUACUCGCAACAUGGUGACGGUCACAUUCCAUACUACAGACGCAUUUGAGCAUGCCACCUCGGCAUGGCCAAGCGACGGCAAGUUUUAUCUCAUCACGAACCACUUGGGUAAUUGCGAUGCUUGGAGCGAGAGGGGAAUCUACCAGGUCACCGGUCUUAGCUGGGACAACGACUCCAUGACUGUAAAGGCUCAGGCACAGAAGACAACCUUGGCUAGCAUAGCAAGUAAGUUUCAUAUGACACGAGAGGUUAACAUUGUUGUUUGUACUAAUACCGGCUCAAAGUGUUAAUAGGGGUCGAUUUCGCCCAUUUAGAGGAAUCGAUGGUGGAUAAUGAUGGAAACAUCACGUUUGACGAACCUGGGCUCAACAUUGCUUCCAACUUCUCAAUUCCUUCUGGGACGGUAAUAUUCGCAGAGGAGCCGAACUUCUCUACUGUGGCCAAUGGUGGUUAUCUGAGCGACGCCGCUGUAAUUCGUGGCCAUUUCGAUUUCAAUGUUCCCACUCAACAACUUCAGAGUCUCUAUUUUAACAUAGAUGCAGCUUUCUUCGGAAACUUGGCUAUGACUUUCAACCUCACAGGGCCUGUAGACAACAGCAAUUUUGCCUUCACUCCUGGGACAUUCCUGCCGAGCGCGAUCAAUAUUCCCGGUAUUUUCAGUCUCAUGCCAGCACUUCAUUGGGUUAUUGGCGCCGAUGUUGGUUCUACCGGUCCUGUGGUACACAGUAGCAAUAUUACAGUGUCAAUACCAGAUGGCCAUGUGCAUGUGGACUUCCUGAACAAUGCCAAUUCGCGAGCCGUCGGUUGGGGACCACGUCUCACGUCGUCCGUGAGCACCCAGAAGGCUGCUUCGGGUCAUGUAUCUCCAUAUGUCGAUUUCUCCGUCGAGCUGUCCCUUGAUAUAUUGAAUGGCCUCUUCAACGUCACGGGCGGGGUCGCAGCGAAACCACAGUUCAUAAACGAGAUCAACGUUGCGAAAAGCCAGUCGCAUGUCAGGAAGGCUGAUCAUAUGCUUUCGCUGAGGAAUGUCACAUGCAACAGCGGAUUCGAGCUUCGCUCAGAUUUCAACUUCAGCGUAACGGCAUAUGUUGUAGACAAAUGGGACGUGUCGCUCUACAACACAUUGAUUCCCGUUGCGGAUGAGUGUUACCACUUUUAAUGCCUCAUUCGACUAGGAGUCAAUAAUUCAUGGCAAUCUUCAUAGCAUAUGAGCCUCAGUGCCAUGAUGCAGAUUUGUAGCUUUACGGAGUUAUAUGGCUUUAAGAUGGGCCGGAGGAGUAGAAGAGUAUUCGCAGACGAAGGGCUGACCUAAUGUGAAAGCCGGUACGUUGGAAUCUAUUUCAGUUAUUCCCUAAGAAGACGAUUAUGUAACUGUUAGCAUUCUGGUGCACGGACCAGGGAUGGAACCGGACUGGAGAACGAGAGUGGCGACG